AAACAAGAACCGAACGUAAGACAAGUGAAGUCUGUUAAAUCGGCCGGUAUACACAAUACGAGGGAUGGUAAAUCUGCAUUUUUCUGCGUGUUCAGGAAAACUGAAACCGUGUGAAUAACGCUUCUGAGACUGUUCAGACGAGUGUGGUUUUAGAGUGUUCAGUUUGAGUGUGGUUUCUCGCUUGAUCCACUGUUGAUAUCUCCGGGUUCAGAGCUGGAUUUGCCCUAUAAGGAUUAUUUGGACCAUCGAGCUGCCUAGCAAAACGUCACAGAUGUUGCGGAAAAGGAAGUGAACAUAAAGAGUAGCCUUUUGUCGGAUCCGGAUUCAACAGAUUUCACUGUCUAGAUGUCGGCCAUAACAAUUUUUUUCAAUGAGGAGGAGCAGGGGCACCUCAAAGCGGAGCUGCAGAACCUGCGGAGGAAGGGUGCACUGCGUCCCUCCACGGAUUGGGAGAACGCAGGGCCGGAUCCUGAUCGUUGCUGCGGCAGGUGCAGGGUCGAACUAGGACGGGUCAUCAACAGGGGGGCGUAUUGCAGGGCGUGCAGGUUGAAGGUGUGUAAAGGAUGUAGGGAGUAUUCCUACAGGACGACAGAUUGGGUUUGCACGGUCUGUCAUAAGAGAAUGGAAAUCCAGGCAGCGAGCGGAGAAUGGAUGAACGAGUUUGUUCGACGUCCUAGCCGUCGGCGGGACAAUAGGGUCUACGUACCGGCUGCCGACAUCAUCAAGAGGACGAUCCGCAGGUCAUGGACGAUCUCGAACCCUACCUCCCGAUGGAACGCCCCACGUACCACCCCUGAGAUGCGCCUCUACAACAGCCUCCCCAGAGGCCAGGAUAUCAACAACUAUCCCUCCCUCCAGCAACACCAGGAGGCCGACAACAAGACAUCGCCGUUGACCGUCAACUGCUCGUCGCCGAAGAGGCAUUCGCCAACCCGGAGGACGCACUCUGAGGACGUCUACCCCGAGAGGAUGGAGGAGGUCGUUCACCCUCCCACCGAUACUGCCGAAUCGUCUCCGUCGAAAUCUCCGACACCGUCCUCACAGAGGUCCCCCAGGAUAAACCCGCUGAUCCUCUACGCGCAGAAGGACAGGACGAACAGGACCGCUAGGAAGAAGAGGUGCGAUACCGCGAAGAGCGACGUGGUUGGAGAGGUUUCGGUUAAGAGGGAAGGCGUCGAGGAUGGUGUCAAGGUGGAGAAGAGAGUCAGUUUUGAUAAUUUUGCUAGGGACAUGGAGGAUAUGCCGCCUAAGACGCCGAAGAAUGUGAAUCCUCAACUCAACAAGGUUAGUUCUCUGAGCGAAACCCCAAGUCGAAUCCCUCGACGAUCUCCUCAUCAUCUCCAAGCCACCAGGUCCCUCCAAGAGCGUCCGGCGAUCGAUGUCGAUGACAACUUCAACGCUGCAAGAAAUUCAACAUCUUCUCCAGAAACCUCGAGUUCUGGAGGUACAGGUGGUACCAGAGACGAUAAGGAGUUGGUACCUGUAGAGCUCUGCGAUAUUGAACCUUUGAGCGGUACUGUCUUUAGAAAAGUAACGGUCAGGCGUAGAAGACAAGACAUGAGAAAGAUGGCUGCCGUCGACAGCGGUCUGCGACGCAACGAAACCGACCAUCUAGACCUCUGCACCCCCGACACCGACGAGUACCGGCUGGUCUUCAUCAGCAGCGACAGCUCGUCGAAGGAAGAAGACGUGGACGACAACGACAGCUCAUCCACAGCCUCAAGUUUUCCUAUAGAAGAGUGUGAUUGGGACUAUUUCGAACCUAGCGCCGCUACCCGGCCUGUAUUAACCUGGAACUCACCCUUCAGCUCCCCCAGGGUGUACCGCAGGGGCCUAAUCGAGUCCCCGAUAAGUUCGCCGUUAGUCUAUAGAAAAGGCGUCAGGGAAUCGGAUACCGGAACCGAUGACGACUACGCGAGGUUAGACACCGGCUCCCCAGCGUCCUCCGACAGUAUCUACGCUUCCAAGGAGGAGGUCAUGGAGGACAUCGCCGUGAAGUGCAAGCAUAAGACGGAGAAGGAGGUGGUCCAGGUGCCGUCGUGUCAUCGUUGCGGGGCGUCGACCCAAUACAUACCCAUACCGGUCCCGGUACCCAUACCGGUACCCGUUCCCGCCAUGUGGACGGCGCAGGAAGCGAUGAAGUUCUACGCCGCCCAACCGGGAAGCGAACAGGCGUUGGCCAGGCUGAGGAUUUUUCCGCGAAACUUGUGGCCGUUCUUGAGCAGCGCUGCCCUCAUGCUGGCAGGCGCAGGCGAGACGGCACCGAUACAAUUCAACGAUCGCGAUUCACAGAGCGUGGUGGCCCAGCCAGUCGUGCCAAACGUCGACUAUGAAGCGGUACCGUCGAGUGGUUCAGAUAUGAACGUGGGCGACGCGUCCGCGGAACCGGCCGCGUCCCAACAGCUCCCCCAGGACGCGGGGGAGUUGUCCGGGUACCUGGAAUCCGAGAACAGAUACGACGACUCGUCGACGUCGUCGACCGAAACUGACGAUUCGGAGUACAACGAGAGGAGGAAGAGCUGUGUUACUAGAGUGUACAACGUGAACGGUAGAGAUGGUGCUAGAGAAAGCGACGACGCUCUGCCGAGCAGCAACCUCAGCAGUUGCGACGAGGAAGACGGUCGGGUAUCGCAGAACUCGACGCGUGAAGAUCUUACAUCCUCCUGUACGUCCGGCACCGACAGCGAUGACACCGGAACCGACCAGAAAUCCAAGAAGUUCUCGAAAGUUUUCGUGGUGAACAAGGACAUGGAUUCCUCCUCGCAGAGGUCCUCGACAAGCGACAGCGAUACCUCCGAUAACGACACGGACACCGAGCUCGACUGCACCGUUAUCCUGCAGAACAUCAAAUACAUCCCGGAGGGUAACGAUCAACCGAGAACCGUCGAGGACGUCAUCGACGAAAACGAAGCCAAAGAUACUGUAGAUAAGGUCGCGGACCCAGAUAACGACCUAGUGCAACACCCUGAAACAGUCGACGUCGGAGACCCGGAAGAAGCGAAGACGGAGGGCGACUCCUCCUCCGGCUCGAACCUAUCGGACCUGCUGUCCGCGUCCAGGAGUCCCAGCCUGGCGGAGGAGAACGACGGCCGGCUGGGCACGGUGUCCAGUGAACGGAACGACGUCCAGAUCCGGUCCGACGGAUUCAGUGUGGUGGGGGAGUUUGUGUCGGAGAAAUCGUCGUCGUCUUGUUGUGGCGGCGUGCGGGUGUCGGCACCAGGUGUUUCAGUUACCUCAGAACCGACGGACGGGAGUGGUGCAGGCCGUAAUGCGGCGAGGUACACGAGUCUUGUGAUGAUAACGCAAGAACCAGCCGCGCUGACGACGUCGCCUUAUCAGCAGGUCAGCGUUGUGACGUCGGAUACGACGCGGUUCGUUCCGGACAAUGACGUCGUGGUGCAGCACACGAAUUGGCAGGAGGAGGAUGGGGAGCGCUUCGAAGAUGCUCCACCAGAGCAAUCCCACCAAUCUGAGAAUGUUACUGUUAUAACCGGAGCAGAAACGUUGUCAGCGUUUGAAGAAGGUCUAGCUGACGAUGACUCCUGGGUGGAAAAUAUCAGUCAUGACGAAGACGAUUUCGGACAAUCCUCAAUCACGGAGGAUUCAUCUUCUGGAGAAGAGGUGACCCUAACCUGCUCUGUGGCAGUAGAUAACGAAGAUGAACUACGAGGCUACCACAGAGCCGCCAUAGACUUUACUCUUCACACCAUUGUGGAAGAGAGUUGUGAAGAGAGUGAAGUGGAGCAGACAUCUUCUAUGAAGAAGCAGCGCCCAGCUUCAGCUACAGACUUGGAGAAAUAUUUCUUCUUCGGAUUGGGAGACGGAAACACACCUUCCAUGAGUAACAACCGAGAAGAUGCGUUCUCGGAAACAAGCAGUGUGUACAGUGAGGGCUUGGAUUCUCUUGGAGGCCCAGAAGAACUACAACAGAGUGACCAUACCGAUCCUGCAGAACUGGCCUCAUCCAGGCUAGAGAAAUAUUUCUUGAGUGGCUUCAUGGGUUUCAACUCAGAACGUAGGGACUCUGACGGAAGUGUCGGUAGUGAUAGUGAAGGAAGGCCAAGUCCAGAACAACGUAGGAAACGUUUAGUUAGAGCACGUGGAACUGGAAGAUCUCACUCAUCAUCACUGGACAAUCUCCUAUCAAACCCCGAAUUAUCAGGAAAUGAUCAACCCAAUGAAGCAUCCAACGACUCAGAGAACUCAUCUAGCUCAGAUUCUGACACUUACGACGAAACAACUACCUUCGAGAAAAGCGAUGGACAGUUUGAUACAGUCAAGAGAAAGAAAAAUAAGAAACAGAAAGGAUCAGAUGAGUUGAAAAGCUUAGAAACAACACAGGAAGUGAACGAGUUCAACAACUCAGGUGAAGACGAUGAUGAUGGUCAUAAAACACCGCAACCUGAAAACAUACUAACAACGAAUCUUGUAAAUAACAAAAACCAACAAAGUAGAGAUAGCGGCUUCAUUGGAAGCUGCGACGAUCUUCUCAAAGAGCAACGAGACCCUACAAACAACGAAAGUUUAAACAAAAACGAACUGAGGAAAGAACUCGAAAAUAUCUUGGAAGAGAAGAAAGAAGACAAACCUAUGUCACAAUCGGUUCCACCAACCACUGCCCUGACCCGAAAAGACAGCUUCAACAACUGGAGCUCGGAUGAAGAGACGAAUCUGAUGAUGUGCAAGAUGCGUCAGUUCUUCAAGACCAUGAUAGCGAACUCCCAGUGUUCCUCUUCCAAACCGACCACGCCAAAUCUGAGCAACAGAACAUCACCUAUCUUCCCUAGUCCGAGAUUAAGGAACAGAUAUAAGCCUCCUCAACUGGUUUACUUCGAAAACGAACUGACAAGGCUCAUGAAGACAGUGCCAGGUAUAAGAGACGAUCAGGUGCGGGAGAUUGUGGAGUAUUUAAGCAGCGAAGACACAUGGAGCGAUUCGUACGAUUCUUCUGACUACACCAGCUCUGACCUGGAGGGUACUACCACGAAGACUGCAUUGCAACAGCAGAUCUCCGACAGUUGUAAGCAAAUAAUCAACAAGUUUGACAAUUUGGAGGAUGAAGAGGGUGAUGAAGGUGAUGGUGGAAUAGUAAACGAGAACUUGGGUGUCAAUAAGGAAACGUCUUUCGUUUAUCAGAAAUUGGUGGCUUCGUUUGAGAAAAUGGCUUCAGGAGAUAACGACCAAAAUACCCCAAAGUCGCCAACCAGUUCUCCAACUCUUAUAGCUAGAGUUAUGCAUCACAUAGGAAGUAGAUUAGUGGCUUUGAUGCACGAAGUGUCUAGUGGCGAGAGCCACGCUAGUAACAGUCCCAAAGCAAGACAUUAUCAUCGGCGGUUGCAGCAGAAAUUAUCUAACGCCUCUUCCACAACCACCGAUGAUGAUAGUACUUCUGAUACGAACUUAAAAGAUACCCUCAGUGCCUUAGAAGAUAACUUCACAUAUACUGUGUUACCUAGGAGUAAAUCACAUGAUUUACUAAUGGGUGAAACCAAGACAUCGAAUCAAACCGGUAGUGGUGAUAUAGUAGUUGAAGAGCGUGAAGCCAGUGAUUGUGAAAGAUUCAGUUGGAGGGGCAGUUUCGAAUCUGCCCUUCUCGCUACAGACUCUAGAAACAGACUUUCGAUUAUAGGUUCUGAAGGUUCGGCUUCAGCUUCCGCGUUGGCGAUAGCGGCCAAGAGAAGAUCGGCCGGGGAUCUGAUAUUCAGUCAUAAGAGCUUAAGCCGUGAACAGCUGGAUAGAGUGAGAAGUUGUGGAAGUAUUGGAGGGGCAAGCAGCGAGGAUAAAUUGUGGGUCUCGACAGCCACUCGUCCCAACAGAAGAAGAUCGAGCGUUCCAGACGCAUCAUGCGGUUCUGGAGGAUCGGCAGACGGAGAGGACGAUGACGAAGAAGACAUCGGUAGCAGUUUACCGAGGAAUUUGCAGACAGGACCCAGCACGACCAACUCCCUGCCUCGGCUUCCUACCAACACCCCCCCGAGCAGCAUGCACAAGGCUCAAAGUCAUCAUUUCCUACCCCAGAACGCGAAGAGUGCGCGUUAUAGACCUCCGGGUUUCAACAGACCAAAUACAACAGUUCCUAAACGUGCGGUGUCCGCCCCUGGACUGCAACCGUCCCAUCAGAGACGGGGACGUAGAUCUCAGCAGAAUGUUCCUAGUGAUGACAUAACGAUAUCUGAGGCUCACUCAUCUCCAACAUUGGGCUCAAAGAGCAAAAGCGCAACGCCAAGUCCUAUCGCUGCAAAAUCUAGAAGUGGUACUCUUUCAAGUACCAAUUCAGAAUGGCAAUCUCCAGAAGAAGAUAUGGACCGUAUGAUGCAAGGCAGAGGCAGUCUUUCAGGCCUAGGAUUACGGUCGGAUUCUAUGGCCAGCGUGUAUUCCGGAGCAGGAGAAGGUCGAUAUGGCACAGUAGCCGUUAAGGGUCAAGUAGAAUUUGGCCUCCAGUAUAACUACAAGGCAGGUGCCUUGGAGAUCCACGUGAAACAAUGCAAAGAUCUGGCUCCAGUCGACGCCAAGAGGAACAGGUCCGAUCCUUACGUAAAGGUGUACCUGUUACCCGACAAAUCGAAGAGCGGCAAGAGGAAAACGAAGGUGAAGAAGCACACGCUGAACCCGGUGUUCGAUGAGACCCUCAAGUUCCAAAUUUCUCUGAACGGCUUGGAGACCCGCACCUUGUGGCUCACCGUCUGGCAUUCUGACAUGUUCGGGAGGAACGACUUUUUAGGGGAGGUCAUGAUGACUUUAGAGAAUAAAGUGUUCGAUGAUCCGGCCCCUGUGUGGUACAAUCUACAGGAGAGGACUGAGCCGUUUGAUGACACGAUAUCUUUCAAAGGAGAUAUAAUUGUAUGUCUGAAAUUCGUGCCACCAGAUAUGACGGUACAAAAGAAGGGUAAAAGGUCCAGGGGAACUCUUCAUGUGUUGGUGAAAGAAGCUAAGUAUUUGACUGCCUACAAAGCCAAUGGUACUUCGGAUCCAUUCUGUAAAAGUUAUCUCUUGCCGGACAAAGGAAGGAACUCGAAACAGAAAACUCAUGUUGUGAAGAAAACCGUAAACCCAGUAUGGAAUCACACGUUCAUCUAUGAAGACGUCACGUUGCAAGAAUUGGCCGAGAGGUGCUUGGAACUUACCCUCUGGGAUCACGACAGGCUUGCUAGUAACGAGUUUCUUGGAGGGGUCAGGUUUUCCCUGGGUACUGGCAAACACUAUGGUAAACCUGUGGAAUGGAUGGAUGCAACUGGCAAAGAGCUGACCCUUUGGAAGAGCAUGUUAGAACGACCGAACUUCUGGGUUGAGGGCUGCUUGUCUCUCCGCCCCUCUCUCGACUCCCGCAUAUCGUAGAAAGAACAUGACAAAUAUUCCUAUUUUCUUCUUUUCCAUGUAAUUAUUCUCCUGUUAUAUUAUGUAUACGGACGGUGCCCUAGUAUGGUUUGUUCAAGCAGAGAGCUUCCAAAUUAUUAUAUUUAUUUUUGAGAACUUCUUUUGUUUGUUAUAUUUAUUCGCGUUCUGAGCUUGUUGAAAGUUUUAUUCUGAUUUAGAAUCUUUCUCUUUGUAUAUGUUUUGUGUUAUAUUGUCUUUGUUCUAUUCUAUAGUCUCUUAAGAAAUUUUCAGUAUAUUUUGUUGUUUAUUCCUAGAUAUUUAAUUGAAAUCAUUAAUAGAGGCGCCUUGCUUGAUCAUGCUGUGAUAUCGUGGCACCCUGUAUUUAUUGUAAUCCAAUAUGUACAUGGGUUUAAGAACCGCAAUAUUUUAAAAUGUAAGUAAUUUUUUACUAGUACUUGUAUGUAUGCCAAAAUUGGCUAAUGUUUUUUCUUAUGAACCAAGAAUAUUUUCAUAUAUAAAGAAUGUUGAGUGUUUUUAAUAAAUAAAUGAUUUCUAUCCAUUUAGAUUUAAGUGUUCAAAUGGAGCUUCCUUUCCAACUAAUAAAUAUUAUAUGAUUAAUGUUAACAAUUUUAUGGAUUUCAAUUUUUUUCAUUUGAAUUGAAUACAUUGCCUGCAAUAAAGAUUUGAAAUCUC